GACAGAUGCCCACACAUGGCCCAGAUGAACCGUCUCGUGAAAAAGGUUUCUGCCAGCCAUACCGAGGCAUUGCCUGUGCUCGCUUCAUUGGCAACCAGAGCAUUUAUGUGGAGUCCCUGCAGAUGCAGGGGGAGAGUGAGAACCGCAUCACAGCCGCCUUGACUAUGAUUGGCACCUCCACCCACCUAUCGGACCAGUGCUCCAGGUUUGCCAUCCCGUCCUUCUGCUACUACGUCUUCCCGCUGUGUGAUGAGGGCUCUCGGGCCCCGCGGCAGCGCCAGCUCUGUCGAGAUGAGUGCGAGGCCCUGGAGAACGACCUGUGCCACACCGAGUACACCAUUGCCCGGUCCAACCCCAUGAUCCUCAUGCAGCUGGAACUCCCCAGCUGCCACCUGCUGCCGCGGUCGGGCACCGCCGACGCUGCUUCCUGUAUGAGGAUAGGAGUGCCAGCAGAAAAACUGGGUCCAUGUAGAUUCCCCUCGGACCACAGCUGCUACAAUGGAAGCGGGGAAGACUACAGGGGCACAGUGAGCAUCACUGCGUCGGGCCAUCACUGCCAGCCGUGGAGCGCUCAGUACCCUCACAGCCACCACCUGUCCCGGGAGUACCCCGAGCUCUGGGGAAGUAGCAACUUCUGCCGUAACCCGGGGGGCCAGAUGCAGGCGCCCUGGUGUUUCACCCUGGACCCUCAGGUCAGGGUGGACCUGUGUGACAUCCAGCCCUGCAAUCCUCCAGAGAACCCUAGGAAGGAGAUCCUGUUCAUUCUGAUCCCUGCGAUCGCCAUCCCGUUGGUCAUCGCGUGCCUCUUCUUUCUGGUUUGCAUGUGUCGCAAUAAGCAGAAGGACUCGUCGGACACGGCGCUCCGCUGCCAGCUCAGCAGCUCCCCCAGCCCGGACAUGGAGCUGUCUCUGCUCAGCCAGCAGAAACAGCAGAAGUAUUAUUUGGGCAGUUCCCCACCGUGGAAAAUUGGUCUUGGGGGGUUUGCUGUGGAGACUUUAGCUACGGUCUGCACCCCCUUGGGAUCCAAACCGGGGAUUUUGAUCGAGUGGUCCGCGGCCCCACUCGCCGUCCCCGGAGACUCCCCCCGGGGAUCACCCCCCAUCGGAGUGUUGGAGCGAGGUUCCAGCAGAAGGCUCGCUUCAAGGACAUCCACGCACCCUCGUUUUGGGAGAGGGUCCAAUAUCCACUCUCCCAGAAAUCCGGACCCACAACACCCCAGACCGUCUCUGGCCCCAUUCGGUUAG